AGCCCACUGGUGCUAUGGACAGCCGUCACACAUCUGUGGAACAGUUGCAAGAAGCAGCCCAAAGAUCUCAAAAAUGGCCUUCGCUGGAAUUCUCAAGGACGAGGAUGUCACUGCCGCCAUCGCUGGCUGCGCAGCUGCUGACUCUUUCAACUACAAGACCUUCUUCGCCAAGGUCGGCCUGAGCGCAAAAUCCGCCGAUGAGGUCAAAAAGGCUUUCUACGUCAUUGACCAGGACAAGAGUGGCUUCAUUGAGGAGGAUGAGCUGAAACUGUUCCUGCAAACCUUCUCCGCCAGCGCCAGAGAAUUGACUGAUGCUGAGACCAAGGCUUUCCUCGCUGCCGGAGACAGCGACGGUGACGGCAAAAUUGGAGUUGAUGAGUUUGCUUUGCUUGUUAAGGCUUAAGACUUCAUGGACCCUCGUCUUUGGAACCAGAGCUCUGCUUAGAUCUUUUUUAUAUUUAUUUAUGAAAGCCCUGCAAACUCCUCCUCGCAAAGAACGCAUAUCCAAUGUCUUGGAAAGCUAUUUAUUAUGAAUGUUGUUUCAUUGUAUUGUUCUGUGUGCAAAUAUACAAUCUCUUUUGCACUAAAAUAAAAAUACAUUUCAUGUAAAA